AUGGAGUCAUCCCCUGUGACCACCCAUAAUCCGCCCGAUUCCUUCCCGACGAGUUAUUCCCAUGUUGUGACUGUCGACGGCCCCGCGAGACUGAUUUACACUGCCGGCCAAGUGGGCCGCGAUAGCAACGGCCAAUUCGCCAUGGGAUUCGAAAACCAAGUGCGACUCGCGUACGAAAACCUGGGCCGAUGCCUCGAGAGCGUGAAUGCGAGUCCGCGAGACAUUGUCAAGCUGACAUGGUACAUUGCCAAUUAUGACCCCCUCCAACGGGCCCAUGUGGCCAUCAACGAGGCCUUUCUGGGCGGCCACCGGCCUGCAAUCACUUUGGUUCCGGUUCCCCAGCUUGCAUCCCCGCAGAUGCUAUUCGAGGUGGAAGCUGUGGCCGCCAUUCGAGACCGGGCUGAGUAA